AUGGCUUACCGCGAUGAAAUGUUCGAGAAUAUGAUUCCUGGAAUUCAGCGUACGAAUUUGGCGAAUACGUUGCUUCUUCUCAAGUCCCUCGGAGUCAAAAAUCUUUGGAGUUUGAUUUUAUGGAUCCACCACCUCAAGAAAGCUAUAACUGCCGGAUAUUUCCACCAAGCUGCGCGUGUCAAAGGUAUCGGCGAGUUCGUCAACAUUCGUUCCGGUCUACCCACACAUCUACAUCCCACGAGUGCAUUAUAUGGGCACACUCCGACCUAUGUUGUGUAUCAUGAACUCAUCUUAACUUCUAAGGAGUACAUGACACAAGUAACAGCAAUUGACGCUUAUUGGCUUGCUGAACUCGGUUCCGUGUUCUACUCUGUUAAAGAGAAGAACUUCGACGACCGGGGAAACAGACGGAAAGUGGGCCGUGAGUUUUCGAAACGAGAAACUGGAAACUGA